AUGGAUUUCUUUACCAUGAAGAGGAAGAAGCUUCAAAGCCUCUGCAAGAAGCACGGUAUUCCUGCUAAUCUUAAGAAUAAAGAUAUGGCAGAGAAACUUUCUCUGAUCUACAAGGAAGAAGAAAAUGAGAAUCCCGGGUCACGCCGGUUACGAUCUGACGCAAACAAUUCGAAUGUGGAAAUUAUAGUAUUGGACUCUGACAGUGAUUCUGAUGUUCAAAUGGAAGAUACUGUUGCUGAGAAGGAAUGUAAUGAGAAAACCAAUGUGAGUGCUGCUGAACAUUUACUUGAUGAGGAACCAGAUCAAGUUCUAACCAGUUCUCCAUUAAGUGAAGUCAAAUCUGAUUUUAAUGUUCCUCACACGGACGAUUCAGGCAUUGCUGCUGGAAAUGCCGAUGCCUGUGAAAUGAAGUUACCAGCACCAAGUGAUUUUAAUAUUUGUCACAUUGUUGAUUCAGAUGUGAAGCUUACUGAUGAGGUCAAUUCCAGUGACCUUAAUAAUCUCAUGUCAUGCCCGAUACGAUCUGAUGAAGACAAAUCGAAUUUGGAAAUUACAGAAUCGGACAUUGACAAUGAUACUGAUGCUCAAAUGGAAGCUUCAGAUACUGUUGCUGAGAAGGAUUCUAAUGAGAAGACCGAUGUGAGGGCAGGAGAUUUAAUUGAUAAGGAAACAGAUCUAACCCCUUCUCCACUUGGUUUAGAAGGGUUUGGUAACUAUUUUAUGUUGAGAGAUUUUCAGACAUCGAGUGAAAGUACUGAUAUUCAUGAAGAUACUGAUGUCCAUCAAGGAUCAGUUGAACAAGUUCCCAAAUUAGGUGAUUAUCAUUGUGCAAUAUCCCAAGCUGCUACAACCUACCUUGAUGCAUCACCGGGUGCAAAAAGUACUGAAGAUAACACCAAUGUAAAUGUUCAGAAUACUCUAGAUGAGGUUCAUUCGUCUAGUUUUGGAGAUUCAGAUGGGACUCCAGUUCAGUUUCUCAAAACUAAUCCAUUAAGCAAAGUCGACACUAGUGAUCUUGAUGCUGAUAAAAUGGUUGUUACAGGCACAGCUACUAAAAAUGCAUAUACAAGUGGAUCAAAGUUUGAGUUGUCACAAAAGAUGUGUAUAAGUCCAGCUUCAAAGGAAAUAGUUGGUUCAUCUACCAAGCUGCUAAAUAAUUCAGUGUCACCAAAAGAUACUGUAUUUCAUCAUGUGGAAGAAAGCAUACAAAUUGGUUCUAAUAAGGAGCAAGUUGAUCCUAGUCAAGAGAAAAUGACGGAGUUUUCUCCAAAACUGUUUAAUAAUCCAGGGAUACCAACAAAUGGUGAUAUAGGACUUUGUGGUUUGAAGGAAAACAUGGAGAUUGGUGUCAAUAAGGAGAACAUCGAUCCCAAUGAAGGUGUUAUGCUUGCAGAACCUUGUGCUUUGGUCAUGAGCCACAAUGAGGAUCUUAUACAGACUGUUUCAGAAGAACUUGGUGACAAAUUGAUGGAGGAAAACUUGGAGAUUGGUGUCAAUAAGGAGAACAUUGAUCCCAAUGAAGAUGUUAUGCAUGCAGAACCUAGUGCGAUAGUCAUUAGCAAGAAUGAGGAUCUUAUACAGGCUGUUCCAGAAGAACUUGAUAGCAAUUUGAUGGAGGAUGAUAUAGGAAUUUGUGGUUUGGAGGAAAACUUGGAGAUUGGUGUCAAAAAGGAGAACAUCGAUCCCAAUGAAGAUGUUAUGCUGGCAGAACCUUGUGCUUUGGUCAUGAGCCACAAUGAGGAUCUUUUACAGACUGUUUCAGAAGAACUUGGUAACAAAUUGAUGGAGGAAAACUUGGAGAUUGGUGUCAAUAAGGAGAACAUUGAUCACAAUGAAGAUGUUAUGCAUGCAGAACCUAGUGCAAUGGUCAUUAGCAAGAAUGAGGAUCUUAUACAGGCUGUUCCAGAAGAACUUGAUAGCAAUUUGAUGGAGGAUGAUAUAGGAAUUUGUGGUUUGGAGGAAAACUUGGAGAUUGGUGUCAAAAAGGAGAACAUUGAUCCCAAUGAAGAUGUUAUGCUGGGAGAACCUUGUGCUUUGGUCAUGAGCCACAAUGAGGAUGUUUUACAGACUGUUUCAGAAGAACUUGGUAACAAAUUGAUGGAGGAAAACUUGGAGAUUGAUGUCAAUAAGGAGAACAUUGAUCACAAUGAAGAUGUUAUACAUGCAGAACCUAGUGCGAUGGUCAUUAGCAAGAAUGAGGAGACUAGUGAUCCGUUAAGGGAAGCGGAGACUAGUGAUCUCGAUGCUCACAAAAUGUUUGAAACAGCUACUGCUACUAAAAAUGCAGAUACAAGUGGAGUGAAGUUUGAAUCUUUACCAAAGACGAGUUUAAGUCCUACUCCAGAGAAAAUGAUUAAUUCAUCUACCAAGCUGCUUAAUGUUGAUGAAAACUUGUGGGUUGGUGCCAAUAAAGAGAACAUUGAUCCUAGUGAUGAAGUUCUGCGUGCAGAACGUAGUUUUGUGAUCAUGAGUGACGAUGAAGAGCUUGAUCUCAGUACUUAUCAAAUGGAUGCUCUAGGUACUGCUGCUGGAAAUGCAGAUGCCUGGGAAGUAAAGCCUGCAACACCUAGUGAUCAUAAUGUUCAUGACAUGAUUGAUUCAGGCACUGCUACUAAAAGUGCAUACACAAGUGGAGCAAAGUUUGAAUCAUCACAAAAGAUGAGUACAAGUCCAGCUUCAAAGGAAAUAGUUGGUUCAUCUACCAAGCUGCUAAAUAAUUCAGCGACCCCAAGAGAUGUUGUAUUUUGUAAUGUGGAAGAGAGCGUGCAGAUUGGUGCUAAUAAGGAGCAAGUUGAUCCUAGCCAAGAGAAAAUGAUGGAGUUUUCUCCCAAACUGUUCAAUAAUCCAGGCUCACCAACAAAUGGUGAUAUUGGAUUUUGUAGUUUGGAGGAAAACUUGGAGAUUGGUGUCAAUAAGGAGAACAUUGAUCCCAAUGAAGAUGCUAAGCAUGCAGAACCUAGUGCAAUGGUCAUGAGCGACAAUGAGGAUCUUAUACGGGCUGUUUCAGAAGAACUUGGUAAAAAUUUGAUGGAGGAUGAAGUUGCGAAUGUGGAUGAUAAAUUUGAUCUUCUUGAAAAUGUUCCUGGAUCUGUUAACCCAGGUGGCAGAAAUAGCACUCAAGGAUCGAACAUAAAUACUGAUUUGAACACCUAUGGGACUGGUGGAGAUCUUCUAAAUGAGGUUCUUUCAACUAGUGUUGCAGAAUCAGCUGGGUCACCAGUUCAGUUUCAGCCUACUGAUCCCUUAAGGGAAGCAGAGACUAGUGAUCUCGAUGUUCACCAAAUGUUUGAAACAGCUACUGCUACUAAAAAUGCAGAUACAAGUGGAGUGAAGUUUGAAUCUGCACCAAAGAUGAGUUUAAGUCCUACUCCAGAGAAAAUGAUUGGUUCAUCCACCGAACUGCUUGGUGUCGAUAAGGAGCAAGUUGAUCGAGUGGUCAUGAGUGACGAUGAAGAAGUUGAUCUUAGUAUUUAUCCAAUGGCUGCUCUAGAAGCAUGUGAAGAAGAGAUGCUGAAGUCAUCAGAAAAGACUUGUAUGGUUGCUGAUCCUGAGGAAUGCUUUGGAUUUUCCCUCAAUGACCUUGAAGCUUCAACUACUAAAGGCUCUGAGGCUGAAACAUAUUUUGAAUCAACUACACUUGGCGAUGUUAUGGAAACUUGUAACUUGGAAGGAAGCAUGCAAACUAACAUGAUGGAGGAAGAAAACCAUCUGGAGGAUAUAGGUCGAGGAGGAGCAGAAGAUGAUAAUAGUGGUGCAAAUUCAGAUGAGGAAGUGAAAGCAGAUGAGCUUGUUCCAGCUGUGCCGCAAUCUAGUGAAAUGGAGUCAUGCGAUUUUGGCCUUCAAGAACUUUUUGCUCAAGACACCGUUUUUGGAGAUGAAUAUGAAAAUCCAGCUUACUCGGCGAGCCAGAAAAGAAAAAGAAGUGACACGGAUGAUACUAGUGGUGCAAGUUCAGAGGAGGAAGGGAAAGCAGUCGAGCUUGUUCCAACUAUGCCACAAUCUAGCGAAAUUGAUUCAUACAGUUUCAGCCUUCAACAACUUUUUGCUCAAGACACUGCUUCUGGAGAUCAAGAUGCUUGUCAAAAUUCACCAUCAAAGGCUACGCCAAUUGCAAGUGGAGAGAAAAGCCUUAUUUUUACUCCUAAGUUCAAUGAAUCAUCCUUGAUGCGUAAAAAGAGGGAGAUUCCCAUGAUUGAAGAAGAAAACAAUCAGGAGGAAGAGAUGGAUAUUGCCAUGAUUGAAAAAGAAAACAAUCAGGAGGUUUGCAUUUCAGCGCAGCGAGUAAGCAAGUUUUUUGACACCUCUGAUGAAAACCAAGCUUAUUUGACGAGCCGGAAAAGGAAAAUGAGUGAUCUGGAUGAUACUAGUGGUGGAAAUUCAGAUGAGGUGAAAGCAGAUGAGCUUUUUCCAGCUGUGGCUCAAUCUAGUGAAAUGGAGUCAUGUGAUUUUGGCCUUCAACAACUUUUUGCUCAAGAUGGAUCCAAAGAUGAAAAUCAAGCUUGUUCGGCGAGCUGGAAAAGGAAAAUGAGUGAAGUGGAUGUUACUAGUGGUGCGAAUUCAGAUGAGGAAGUGAAAGCAGAUGAGCUUUUUCCAGCUGUGGCACAAUCUAGUGAAAUAGAGUCACGUGAUUUCGGCCCUAAACAACUUUUUGCUCAAGAUGGAUCCAAAGAUGAAAAUCAAGCUUGUUCGGCGAGCUGGAAAAGGAAAAUGAGUGAAGUGGAUGUUACUAGUGGUGCGAAUUCAGAUGAGGAAGUGAAAGCAGAUGAGCUUUUUCCAGCUGUGGCACAAUCUAGUGAAAUGGAGUCAUGUGAUUUCGGCCCUAAACAACUUUUUGCUCAAGAUGGAUCCAAAGAUGAAAAUCAAGCUUGUUCGGCGAGCCGGAAAAGGAAAAUGAGUGAAGUGGAUGUUACUAGUGGUCCGAAUUCAGAUGAGGAAGUGAAAGCAGAUGAGCUUUUUCCAGCUGUGGCACAAUCUAGUGAAAUGGAGUCACGUGAUUUUGGCCUUAAACAACUUUUUGCUCAAGAUGGAUCCAAAGAUGAAAAUCAAGCUUGUUCGGUGAGCCGGAAAAGGAAAAUGAGUGAAGUGGAUGUUACUAGUGGUGCGAGUCCAGAUGAGGAAGUGAAAGCAGAUGAGCUUUUUCCAGCUGUGGCACAAUCUAGUGAAAUGGAGUCACCUGAUUUCGGCCUUGAACAACUUUUUGCUCAAGACACUGCUUCUGAAGAUGAAGAUGCUUAUCAAGAGAAAUUGGACUCAUCAUCAACUGGUACACCAAUUGCAAGUGGAGAGAAAAACAUCAUUUUUACUCCCAAGCUCCAUGAAUCAUCCAUGAUGCAUAAAAAGAUGAGGAUUGGAAUGAAUUCGUCUCAAAAACCUGCAGCAAGAGACAGUGAUAUGAAAGAGAACAUUAAAAUUGACAAGAAGGAAGACUUUAGCUCGACCGUGUUAAGGAAUAAGUUUGCCAAGAGGCUACCUCUUCAAAAUCUUCAUCAGAAUUGA